AUGAAUCCUAGUAGAGGGUUGGGUUCAUACUUCAUAGAGCAGAUCACAACCCAACCCAAUUCAACCCAGAUCAUUUGCUCCGGAGUAAUACUCCAGAUUAUGCUCCGGAGUAAUAUUCAAGGUUAUGCUCCCGGGAGUAAUACUCCAGGUUAUGCUCCGGAGCAAUACUCAAAUCAUUUUAACUCGGAACCCUCUGAUGAUGAUGGGUUCUGUGGAUUUUCUGACAAUGAUGAUGAAGGAUAUUAUUAUGAUUUAAAUACCGGUGAAACUUAUACAAAAUCGGACCGUUCAAUCUGUGCAUUUUAA